CAGCGGUUGGCUCUCAGAUCGCUUUCGCCUGACUACGGUUGCUGCAUGCAUUGUUGAAGAGGAAGAGAAGUGGACUGGGGUGCGCUGUUCAUGGGAUGCACUGAAAGGGGCUGGUCAUUGGGAGCGCAGUGGUGGAGUUGUCUGGUGCGGAAGAGGACGUAGUGGAGAGAAGCCGCUGGCCUUUUGCCGUGCCCAGGGAACAGGAUGGCCCCGCACAACGUCAGUCUCCUGGCGAAGCUGAUCAAUGGGGGCGUGGCCGGGCUGGUGGGCGUGACCUGUGUGUUUCCCAUUGACCUGGCUAAGACCCGCCUCCAGAACCAGCAGGGAGCCCGGGUCUACAGUGGGCUGCUGGACUGCUUGACACAGACAGUGAAGAGGGAGGGCUACUUCGGAAUGUAUCGAGGGGCAGCAGUGAACCUCACUCUCGUGACCCCAGAAAAAGCCAUCAAACUGGCUGCGAAUGAUAUCUUCCGACAGCACCUCUCCAGGGACGGGCAGUUACCCCUGUGGGGGGAGGUGCUGGCAGGCUGUGGGGCCGGGACCUGCCAGGUGGUGGUGACCACUCCCAUGGAGAUGCUGAAGAUCCAGCUGCAGGACGCUGGGAGGCUGGCUAUACAGAGACCCGUGCCUGUGCCUGUGCCCGCUCCUGCCCCGUCACUGGCAGCUGAACCCCCACCUCGACCCUCUGCCACCAGAAUCACCCUGGAGCUGCUGAGGACCCGUGGCCUGGCUGGGCUCUACAGAGGAGCUGGGGCUACACUGCUCAGGGACGUCCCCUUCUCCAUGAUCUACUUCCCGCUGUUCGCCAACCUGAACGCGCUGGGCCGGGGGGAGCGCGGUUGCCAGGGCAACGCUCAGGAGCGGGCCCCCUUCCUGCAGUCCUUUGUGGCAGGCUGCGCAGCCGGAUCGGUGGCUGCAGUCGCAGUCACUCCACUGGACGUGAUAAAGACACGACUGCAAACACUGCGAAAGGGAGUGGGGGAGGACUCAUACCAGGGCAUUGCUGACUGCACACGCCGUAUCCUGAGUCGGGAGGGGCCGUCUGCAUUCCUGAAGGGAGCAGCCUGCCGGGCCCUGGUCAUUGCCCCUUUGUUUGGCAUCGCACAGGGCGUCUACUUCCUGGGUGUGGGGGAGUGGGUGCUUGGGCUGCUGGGAUAGCAGCUGGCAGUGUUUCUUUCCUGUGCAAAGCACCUGCUCCGUUCUGCAGUGAAACGGGAGUAGGGCUCUUGUCUUUUAUCGAAGUAGAACGUAAAUGCUGUGAGAAAGUGAGAGAAUGGGUGAGUAUGAGAGCGAGAGAGAGAGAGAGUGCGUUAGUGUGAGAGAAAAAAGGAGAGAGAGUAUAAGAGUGGAUGAGUAUUACUGCCAACAUUUGUCCCAACACUGAACACUAAUGAUGCUCACCUAGUUUCUCUAAGCGGUUAUCCAGAGAGGGUUAUGUAGCUCUGUGAGAGCUGUAUGUGUCUGGCUAAACUGCAGGUGUGCCAGAUUCAUACCUCACUCCACAACAAUUUCUGCAGCACCAGAGGAAAAACCUGUCCAUGUCUGCUGAGCAUGUUAACCCUCUCAGAUGUCUAUAUUUAUUCAUCAACACAUAACACAGUACUGUGCACGUUCUGCUGACCUCACCUCACUGUGUAUGGAGGGCUUCCACUGCUGCACCGCUGUGCCAAUCGAUUUCAGUGCCAAUCUCUCCGCAAAUGAUCAGUUAAAGCCUAUAUUCUCAUUUAAAACAAGCAAUAUUUGUUGAUCGCUGCCAUAUGAUUUCAGUAUUAUUUUAUUAUCCGUUAAGGUGCGACAUAAGCAAAGGAAAAGUGUUGGCGGUCACCCCCCUCCACGUUCGCUGGCCACAGCUGUUUGUGCUGAUGUUGACACACUCCUGACCAUACUGUAAAGAGAUGGUAACAUUCCACUCUCCCAGUUUGGAGUCUGGUCUCUAAACUGUGUUCCUUGUGUGGAAGGUACUAACAGGGUAUGGCAGGGACUGCUGGUAAUCUGCUCUUAAAUCCGUAAUCCACGGCUCUCUGCUGUAACCGUAGUGUGCUGCUCCCCUGCCUUCAGUGUCCUGCCGUGGGGCCGCACCAACAUCUUACCGCUCCCCGUCACUGCCCGGGCCCUGGAUGAGGGGGAACCCACAGUCUUCAUGAGGAUAGCUUAUUUUUAAUUCUUAUUUUAAUGUUUGUACGCACAAUAAAUAUCUAUAUAUAACUAUAUAUAAUGUAAAACAAAUAAAUGCAUCAUGGUA